AUGUCCCCAUAUAGGCUUGUGUUUGGUAAAGCAUGCCAUCUUCCAGUUGAGCUUGAGCAUAAAGCUUUUUGGGCGGUAAAGAAAUUCAACAUGAGUGAAGAUGAGGUGGGAAAUAAAAGGAAACUUGAUAUCCAAGAGCUAGAGGAGAUUCAGAAUGAUGCAUACGAAAGCAACAUGAUCUAUAAGGAGAAAACAAAAGCAUACCAUGACAGGGCGAUCUCCCGAAAGACUUUUAUACAAGGACAAAAGGUGUUGCUAUACCACUCAAGAUUCAAGCUAAUUUCAGGAAAGUUGAGAUCGAGAUGGGUUGGUACUUUCAUGGUCAAAAGGGUGUUUGACCAUGGUGCGGUGGAAAUCACGAGCAAGCAAACGGGUAAAACAUUCAAAGUCAAUGGUCACAGGCUGAAGCUAUUUUAUGAAGGAUUUGAGGUGAAGAAUGAAGAGGUUGACGAGUUGGAGAACCCCACAUACCAAGACUGA